AUGCGGGAGAGUACAACGGGGAUAAUCGAGCACAGCUUCUUCGAUGCGGACACCCUUGGCCGUAUGAUCUCGUACACCUAUACCCAAGGUUAUGUGCUGGACAAAACUCCUACUGCCGACAGCAAUACGACAAGCAACGAGGACGACCCGCAGCGUGCAGGGGCUACUGGAGAUAUGGAAACAUUCGCGAAACCGUCCGUCUCGGACCUCAUCACCCAAGAAUUACUUGCACACGCAAGAGUCUAUGGCAUUGGCGAGUACUACGAUCUUUCCAACCUCAAGACGCUCGCUGUCAAGAUGUUCGAUGCUGUGGCAUCAAAGUACGCAAAUCCUUCAAUCUAUUGGCCGGUCGAGGGUUUUGUAGCGGUCGCAGAGGAAGUCUACAGGCUUACAGCGCCCGGUGGGAAUUCUUUGAAGGAUGCCUUGACCGGAGUCGUGAUGGGCUGCAUCGGCGUGAUAACCAGCAGUAGUAUGUUCAUGGAGGUGCUUGCCGACGCAGAUGGUCUGCAGGAGUUCACUAUCGAGCUUUUGCGCUUGUCCGUACAAAAGCUCUCGGAUGAACGAGACCGCGCCGUCGAAGACCUGAAGGCCGAACAAGAGUUGACUCUACAUGUCAAGGACACGACGAACAUACUAGUGAAAAGAGUCCAGGGUAUCGAUGGACUUUGUCGCAACACCAUGUGCCGUCAACGCUUCGAUUGGGUGGAGCUGGAGCCAGUAGGGGAUGCAGGGCCAGGGGGCGUCUUGAGCGAUUGGCAAGUACGAUGCGGGAAGUGUAGGUGCAAGCAGUAUGUAUGA